UUUCGUUCUUUACUGUCGACAUUUUCGCUUCUUUCAACACCUUGUUAAACUUCGUCCUCGCAGCACUUCAUUGAGCCUCGUUCGAAAUCCCCACGCGCUACCUCCAUCGUCGCGUAUCCAUCGCCACACUUCACCAUCGAUUGACCUUUGUGCCUUCUGCCUCAGCGUACACAGAGCACCACCAUGGCGGGCCGUUACGAGCGGGUCAAUACUCAAGAUGAUGAUGCGGAAACGCCUACCACCCCCUCUUCACUCCGACCACAGAGGAUACCCAGCUCGCCACCUCCUUCGUUUCACUCACGCUCAUCGUCGACCGACAGAAGAAGACAAAAUGUCAACUCGGAUCUCGCGGAUGCUUUCGAUGCCGAUGCCGACGACAGCGAUGAUGAACCUGAUGACAGACAACGCUUAGUGCGUGGUAACUCCUUCCCGGUAUCCCAAACUAGCGCCGCUACUUCUUCCGCCCAAAGUGCUCCACGAGAGAACGAGACACAGCAAUCCCGACCGAAUCAGUCGCAACCGCAGCCACACGGUGCCAUCAAUACUGGCGCGCAAUCAACGACCAAUUCGAGAGUCUAUGGUGGUGGUAUUCAGUCGGACGGUGUGUUUUCCAAUAUGACAGCGAGGCCCGAAAGGGGUGAGAAGAUUGUAGAGGAAGCGCCUCCCACAUACGAGCAGGCUGCUGCUGAUGCCGCGCCUCCUUAUUGGGAGACCACGAUACUUGCCCCUGGGUUUGGCGGCCCGGAUGAUGUUUACAUUGACGGUAUGCCUGUCGGCUCUGUCUUCAGCUUUUUAUGGAACGGCAUGAUUAGUACCUUAUUCCAACCAUUUGUCGGUUUCCUUCUUACGUACCUUCUACACUCGACACACGCCGCCAAGAAUGGCUCGCUUGCCGGACUCGGCAUUACCAUUAUUCAAUAUGGCUUCGCUUGGUCAGGCUCCGAUGAUGGUAGCAUGGGCGGAGGCUCUGGAGAUGGAUACGCCCAGCCUCCCGAUCCCAACAGCCAUGACUUUGAUCCUAAUGCUGUGGGCAAGGGCGGUGAUGGUGAUGGAUCGGGAUGGGCUGGUAUUGAUAGCAGCGAAUGGAUAGCCUAUCUGAUGAUGAUUGUGGGGUGGUUCAUCCUCAUUCGAUCCAUUAGCGACUACAUUAGAGCGCGGAGGCACGAGCAACUCGUCUUACAGAGUCCUGAUAGAGGACUGGGGAUUCCUGUCAUUGCCGAAGGAGAGCGACCUGAGACGGUUGUAUAGGCAUGUCCGUAAUGACGACCACUGUUACUUCUAUGCUAUUGUUACUACUACAUGAGCGUGUUAUUUCCUAAGGGGAGCCAACCAAAAUGUUCCCUUUCACUCCUGUUGUCAACGGUAUUUUUUACCUGGGUUCAUGGUCCCAUAAUCUGGCUUUUGUAGCUUGGCGUUGGGGUGGGAAUAUUGCAGCAGUAGAUAUAUUAACUCGUUGAACUCAUUGCUUGCUAUACGUCGAGGGUCCUGUGUAUGUUUGUUGCUCCUGCGCAUGUUUUGUUUGUCAUGGUACCCCUGCGCGAGCCUCCCAGCAACUAGGGACAAGAUAUCUUCAAUUUAGUAUUGCUUCUUUGUUGGUGCGAAGCCUAGGAGUCCAUUGCAUCGUUUGCUAUGUAAGGAGUCCAAUAUGCUCGACUUCAUCGAUUGCGCUUCAUUUAUAGUGCGACACGCAUCGGCCAGCAUGAGAUGUAGCAAGUCUUCUAAGUUCAUCUACUCACAUCGGCUGCUUCCUCCCAGUUAGUCUUGCA